AUGAGCGGCUUUGAUCAGAACCGCGUGUACUCGGUCCAGGUCUUAGAGGGCAACCAGGCGGAGAACUCGCCCUCCACCACCGAAGGUCUCUUCCUCGAGUUCCUCAAGAACUUCCGCGUCGGCGGCGAGUUUGUCUACCGUGACCGCCUGCGCUCGUCCCUCCUUCUGCACCACCACACCCUCGAGGUCGACCUCCGUGACCUCGUCGUCUACAAUGAGGAACUGGCGCAAAAGGUCGAUGACCAGCCCGGCGAGAUGAUUCCUCUGCUCGAGUCGGCGCUCCUCCGCCUCGCGCGUAUUCUCGUCGACCCUGCCGCGUCCAACGAUCCAAGCUCGUCGCGAGCCUCGGAGCUCGUCCCGGAAAUGCAGGUUACCAUCAAGAGCGGCAAGAACAUGCUCCAGUUUCGUGAACUCACUGCCAACACCCUCACCACGCUUGUGCGCCUCCCCGGCAUUGUUAUCAACGCGUCGCAGCUGUCCUCGCGCGCGACCGAGCUGCACCUGCAGUGCAAGUCGUGUCGUUCCGUCAAGAUGACCAAGGUGCCCGGCGGCAUUGGCGGCCAGACUGCCGCGCUCCCUCGCCGCUGUGACGCGCCCGCUGCGGAAGGCCAGAAGAAGGAGUGCCCAUUGGACCCCUACGUCAUUCUGCACGACCGCUGUCGCUUCAUCGACCAGCAGACAAUCAAGCUCCAGGAGGCCCCCGACAUGGUCCCGGUCGGAGAGCUGCCGCGCCAUAUGAUGCUCCAGGCCGAGCGUUAUCUGACUGGCAAGGUCGUUCCCGGAUCCCGCGUCAUUGCAACCGGUGUCUACUCUACGUUUGCGCCGCAAGGCAAGAAGAAUGCCGGUGCCCCAGCCCUCCGCCAGCCCUACCUCCGUGUCCUCGGCAUCGAGCUCGACACGUCCCUCGCGUCGUCGCCCGGUUCGCGCGGCUUCUCGCCCGAGGAGGAGGAAGAGUUCCAGCAGCUCGCGAGGUCCGAGGGCCUGUACGAGCGUUUCGCCAAGAGUGUCGCGCCCAGUAUCUUUGGCAGCCUCGACAUUAAGAAAUCGGUGACGUGCCUGUUGAUGGGUGGCAGCAAGAAAAUUCUGCCCGACGGCAUGCGUCUGCGUGGCGACAUCAACGUCCUCCUCCUCGGUGAUCCCGGUACAGCAAAGUCGCAGCUGCUCAAGUUUGUGGAGAAGGUGUCGCCCAUUGCCGUGUACACUUCGGGCAAGGGUUCGUCGGCUGCGGGUCUGACGGCGUCGGUGCAGCGUGACCCCGUCUCGCGCGAGUUUUACCUCGAGGGCGGCGCGAUGGUGCUCGCGGACGGCGGAGUCGUGUGCAUUGACGAGUUUGACAAGAUGCGCGACGAGGACCGUGUGGCCAUCCACGAAGCGAUGGAGCAGCAGACCAUCUCGAUUGCCAAGGCCGGUAUCACUACCAUUCUCAACUCGCGUACCUCGGUGUUGGCGGCUGCCAACCCCGUGUUUGGUCGCUACGACGACAUGAAGUCGCCCGGCGAGAACAUUGACUUCCAAACCACCAUCUUGUCUCGUUUCGACAUGAUCUUCAUUGUCAAGGACGAGCACAACGAGGCGCGCGACCGCACAAUCGCCAAGCACGUCAUGGACAUUCACAUGAACCGCCAGGCCGACGACGAGAUUGUGGGCGAGAUCGACAUUGACAAGAUGAAGAGGUACAUUUCGUACUGCAAGUCUCGUUGCGCGCCCCGCCUCUCGCCCGAGGCUGCCGAGAUGCUGUCGUCGCACUUUGUCUCGCUGCGCAAGCAGGUGCAGCAGGUCGAGCGGGACAAUGACGAGCGCUCGUCCAUCCCCAUCACGGUCCGUCAGCUCGAGGCCAUCAUCCGCAUCUCCGAGUCGCUCGCCAAGAUUACCCUCUCCCCGCGCGUCAACCAGCACCACGUCGAGGAGGCUAUCCGCCUGUUCAAGUAUUCGACCAUGGACGCCGUUGCCGCCGGCCAAGUGGACGGCAUGACGCGUUCCGAGCUCAACGACGAGAUGGAGCGCAUCGAAAAGGAACUCAAGCGCCGCCUGCCCAUUGGCUGGAGCACGUCGUACCAGUCGCUCGUGCGCGAGUUUGUCGCACAGCAAGGAUACUCGCAGCACGCGCUCGAGCGCGCCCUGUUCAUUCUCGAAAAGCGCGAGGUGAUCCGGUUCUCGGGCCAGAAGAAGGUCGUCAACCGCGUCGGCGUCUAA